CACUCACAAAAUAUAAAGUACAAUAAAUGGCAAUAAAUAUCGCUCCACUUUGACUACUUGAGUUGGAAAGCAUUACAUCUUUAAAAUUGUGUUAAUCCCUUGACAAUCACUAUUUUGAUUGAUUUUGGACGAUAAAAUCUCAAAUUUACACGAACGAAUAUUCAAAUUUCCCGGUAUUAGUUAAUCAAACGACCAAAGGUGUGACGUCGUGUCGUGAGUGUCAACACUCAACGUUUCACUUGACAUUUGUUAUUUGUUUGAGUUCCUGAGCGGAUACACAUUAAUAUGGCGAAUUACACUGAAGAUCAGAUGGCCGAGUUCCAAGAAGCGUUUCAGUUGUUCGACAAUCGAGGUGAUGGCAAAAUCCAUGUUGCCCAAAUUGGCGACGCCCUCAGGGCUCUUGGGCAGAACCCCACAGAAUCCGAUGUGAAGAAGUACACCCAUCAGUACAAACCUGAUGAGAGAGUUUCAUUUGAAGUAUUCCUGCCCAUCUACCAGCAAAUCUCAAAAACGAGAAGCGCCGACACCGCAGAAGAUUUUAUUGAAGGUCUUCGCCAUUUUGACAAGGAUGGCAAUGGUUAUAUAAGCGCUGCGGAAUUACGGCAUCUACUCACCACUUUGGGAGAAAAGCUAACAGACGAUGAGGUUGGAGAAUUGCUGCAAGGCCAGGAAGAUUCACAGGGCAAUGUGAACUAUGAAGAGUUUGUUAAACUAGUAAUGUCAGGUUAAUUUAGUACCUUAAGGUAUGAAAUCAUUAUCUUUUAUAAGUAGCCAGUUAAACACUUAAAGCUCUUUAUAUUUGUUUAAUAAGUCCUUGCUGAGCCCUUGUGAAUUAGGUAUAGCUAUGCAUUUAUGUUUUUAUUAUAUUUUGUAUAAUGUUGCAGCCAUUCCAAUUUUAUACCCAUAACUUAUACUAAAAUUACUAAGUCAACUAUAGAGUAAAAAUGAUAUCUUGAAUAAAGGUAGUUAUAGAAAA